AAAUAGAAAGAAAGAAAUAAUAAAAUAAAAUUCUGAGAGACCCAACGAACAUGGCCUGGUUCAGAAGCUUCUUUCAUGUCUCCUCCACUAAGUCUUCUUCAAUUAAGCACAGAUACUUGAACCCAUCUUCUCCUCCUUUCCUCUUCACAUCUUUGUUGCAACACUUCAGCACUGAAUCAACAAUUCAAACUCCAUCUCCCAAUGAUCAUCAUUACUCUGGUCUCGGGCCGACUAAGCCCGGUGAGAAGCCGAGGAUGGUGGUUUUGGGUUCAGGGUGGGCUGGUUGCAGGCUCAUGAAAGGUAUAGACACCAGUAUCUACGAUAUAGUCUGCGUAUCACCUCGGAAUCAUAUGGUUUUCACUCCUCUGUUAGCUUCCACCUGUGUUGGUACGCUUGAGUUUCGAUCUGUAGCCGAACCUGUCGGAAGGAUUCAACCUGCCAUUUCUCGGGAACCUGGUUGUUUCUUCUUUCUUGCUCAUUGCAAGGAACUUGAUGCCGAUAACCAUGUGGUGCACUGUGAGACUGUAACGGAUGGAGAGAAUACUAUGAAGCCUGGGAACUUUAGCAUUUCAUACGAUAAGUUAGUUAUUGCAGCAGGAGCUGAGGCUUCGACUUUUGGAAUCCAUGGAGUGAAGGAACAUGCUGUUUUUCUUCGCGAAGUUCAUGAUGCUCAGGAGAUCCGUAGGAAGCUACUCCUGAACCUAAUGUUGUCUGAUGUGCCUGGAAUCUCAGAGGAAGAAAAAAGUAGACUGUUACACUGUGUUGUCAUAGGAGGUGGUCCAACUGGGGUUGAGUUUAGUGGAGAACUUAGUGAUUUUAUCAUCAAAGAUGUUCAUCAAAGAUAUGCCCAUGUGAAAGAUUACAUACAUGUAACCCUGAUUGAGGCUAAUGAGAUAUUAUCAUCCUUUGAUGAUCGCCUCAGGCAGUAUGCCACUAAGCAAUUGACUAAGUCGGGUGUACGUCUCGUCCAUGGAAUUGUAAAAGAUGUUCAGCUGCAGAAGGUUAUUCUUAACGAUGGAACAGAGGUUCCAUAUGGGUUGUUGGUGUGGUCUACAGGUGUUGGUCCCUCUCCUCUCACAAGAUCUCUGCAACUUCCAAAAUCUUCUGGUGGAAGGAUUGGUGUGGAUGAAUGGUUGCGCGUUCCUUCUGUGCAGGAUGUGUUCGCAAUUGGUGAUUGUUGCGGUUUUCUUGAAAGCACUGGCAAACCAGUACUUCCAGCUCUAGCUCAGGUUGCAGAGCGGCAGGGAAAAUAUAUUGGGAGCCUAUUGAACAAGAUUGGUAAAGCUGGUGGAGGGCAUGCGAACAGUGCAUGGGAAAUUGAAUUGGAGGCCCCAUUUGUUUAUAAACACUUGGGAAGCAUGGCGACUGUAGGGAGUUUCAAGGCUCUUGUGGACCUCAGACAAAGCAAGGAGGCAAAAGGGUUGUCUCUGACAGGAUUUGUUAGUUGGUUUAUUUGGCGGUCAGCAUAUUUAACACGGGUGAUAAGCUGGAGAAACAGAUUCUAUGUUGCAGUCAAUUGGGCCACUACAUUUGUGUUUGGCCGUGAUAUAAGCCGUAUCUGAAAACAAAAUUAGAGGAUUGUUGGCUCAUUUUCUGCAGAUGGUAGGAACCAUG